GUUAAACAAGCUUUUGAUUUUGUUACUGGCAACAAUUUUUAGAGCUUAUUUUGGGUCACUCUGUUGUUCGUAGGUAUUCAACUUGUACUUCAAUGGAUUUUUGUAGAGGUGCCUUUCGCUUCGCUAAACUUGCAACAUAGCCAUAGUUUAGUAUUUUCAUUUCAUUCUAUCAAGAAAGCUGGCGGGUGUGCAAAGUAAUGUGUUGAUUAUGAAAACGAUUGUGUUUUAUUAAUUUUUCAGAACAAAUAUUUGUGUUAAAACGUUGUUAGAAUAGUUAAUGAAAUAGUCAAGGAGAGUGGGCGCGACGAGUGGUACGAAAGCACAAUGGAUGAUGACCAGCAAUUCUGUUUGCGGUGGAACAAUCACCAAUCGACGUUGGUGUCAGUUUUCGACACCCUUUUAGCGAAAGGAAUUCACGUGGAUUGUACUUUGGCUGCGGAAGGAAAGACUCUCAAGGCGCAUAAAGUCGUUUUGUCCGCUUGCAGUCCCUAUUUCGAGAGUGUUUUAUCUCAACAAUACGACAAGCAUCCAAUAAUUAUAUUAAAAGAUGUGAAGUAUGCCGAGUUGAGAGCUAUGAUGGAUUACAUGUACAGGGGAGAAGUAAAUAUCUCCCAAGAUCAGUUGGCUGCAUUGCUUAAAGCAGCAGAGUCGCUACAGAUCAAAGGUCUAUCGGACAACAAGCCGUCCAGGCCUCCGUCGCGCCCCUCUCACUCAACCCCAAUCACACCUGCACACCCGCCCAGAGGAACAUCUCCACCACCACAGGCCCGUGACGGCAGCGUGGACAGCCGCGAAGGCUCGCUCAGUCCGACCAGGCGACGCAAGAAAGCGCGUCGCCUGUCCUCCGAAGCCCCGCCCGUUGCACCAGUCCCAGCUCCCGAACCAACAGAAGACGUGGCCUGCAAGGAGGAAGUGUCCCGGGACGGGGUGGAGGACCUCACGCUGGACGAGGAGGCUGGCGAUCAGACCGCGCAGCACAAUGACGUCGUACGCAAUUUUCAAUGGCAUAUGGAAAGAUCUCAAGAUGAAUUAAUGAAUUCAAAUGACAGUGUCCGAGAUUCGCAAGAGCUCGGCAAGGACACGCUGCCGUCGGCGCUGCUGUCGCUGCUGUCGGCGCAGCGCGCGCUGGCGCCGGCGCCCUGCCCGCCGCGGCCCGAGGCGGAGCCCUACGGGGCGCUGCCGCUGCACCUGCCCAAGCUGCCGCUCGACUCGCUCGACGCCAUCCCGGACACGAUCAAGGCGCACCUGCUGCAGCGCGCCUUCCUGCAGAACAACAACGGCGCGGGCGAGGAGGGCAAGGAGGAGUCGGACUCGUACGACGACACGGACGACAUCGUGCUGCCGGGCGACGGGGGGCGGGCCAAGCGCGACAGCGGCUCGGACGACGCCAGCCGGCAGUUCGAGUGCCGGCACUGCGGCAAGCGCUACCGCUGGAAGUCCACGCUGCGGCGGCACGAGAACGUGGAGUGCGGCGGCAAGGCGCCGGCGCACCAGUGCCCGUACUGCUCGUACCGCGCCAAGCAGCGCGGCAACCUGGGCGUGCACAUCCGCAAGCACCACAACACCGAGUGGCAGCCGUGUGGCGGGUCGCUACAGCAGUGUGGGGUUUCAGGUGGCGCGGGGGAGGAGGGCGGCUUCGGUCGGCUCGGGGGGUUGUCGUGGGAGCAGUGGUCGGCCCGCCUGGCGCUGCCGCUCGUGGCGGGCCUGCGCGUGCCCGCCGGCCCGCCGCCCGCCGGCCACACGGACAGCUUCACGUGCCCCGACUGCGGCCGCGUGUACAAGCUCAAGUCGUCGCUGCGGAACCACCAGAAGUGGGAGUGCGGCAAGGAGCCCCAGUUCCAGUGCCCCUACUGCGUGUACCGCGCCAAGCAGAAGAUGCACAUCGCGCGCCACAUGGAGCGGAUGCACCGCGAGGUGCACGUCAAGCCCGAGCCCUACAUCAAGCAGGACAACGUGGACGCGUGCAUGUAGCGCCCCCAUGUGAUAAAUGUGAUGUAAUCUCUUUGUGAUAGUGGCAUUCGGUCACGUUAGAUUUAGACCCGACCGUGCCUGGGUUCCCGCCGUUCAUGAUUCCGUGUGGAUUUUCCCAGUUUUCUUUUUGUGAUUUUGAGAUAGUUUUAACGCCAGAUGCAAAAUAAACGACUAUUCUCGGUAGACUUCGAAUGCUCAAUAUUAUACAUGAUCGACACUCACCCCGGGCGGCCCAGGCACGGUCCCGCAGACGUUACCCGCGGCGGUCCCCGGACCGACCGCUCCGUAUGAAUUUAAUCUCACGACGAAUUAUAGUAUUCGCACUGAUUGCAACCGCAGCGGUGUCCGUAAAUGUUGCAUUUAUCCAGUAUAAUAAGAUAGUGAUUGUAUAGUUACAUACGCUUUUUAUACUUUUUUAUAUAUGUUUUUAUGUACAGCAUUUACUGUGUAAAGUAUCAUUCCCGUUUUAAUAGUGUACGCGUUUAGCUUUGCUAGUUCGAGAUAAAUAGUUUAAAGUUGUUACCAUUGCAGUUACUAAAAUUAGAUGUCUAAAUGAUGGUACGCGAUCAGUACUGUGAGUUCGCUCCCUCGACAGAGAUUAACGUUUAAGUUUGUUACGAAAUCGUCAAGCGUGGUUGAAUAAACCUAUAUUAUAUUACGUGUAUAGUAAUAUGUUAGAUGAUAUUGAAAUGAAGCUAUUUUCGCUUUUAAGCAGUCUAGGUCUUUGCCAUAAUGCAUGUUCCAUUAUUUUUGUAAUACUCAUAAGUUAAAUGGUUUUGAUUCGAUUAUUUUUAGAUCUCUUUACUUGUAAUGCAUUUAUUUUAUGUACUAGGACAUUCGCAGAUGUAAGUCGAAUUAAUUGUAAGUUCCUGGAAACGAAUGUUAUCAAAUUGUUAUAUUUGGGGCCAAUUAUUGUUAGAUUUAGGUUUGACCAGAACGAGUGCCUUAUUGUUGAAUCGAGUACAAUGUACGCUGCCUUUCGAGCACGAACCGUAUUUGGACGUUCAAAAUAAUCUUCCACGUAGUUAUAAGUAUUUUAUGUAUUACCACGUAGCGAUAAUAAGUAUGCGGCCCUAGGAUUGAUAAUGUUAUUCGACAUGACGGUAGUUUACAAAAAUGGCGCGAACAACAUUGUCAGGUCUGGGCCGCUGAAAUAACCGUUUCGAGUUACCAUCGUACAAUCAAUGUGUAGAGCUCAAUAAGUACAACAGUCAUACAGAUACCCUAAGUGCCUUCGAAAAUUAGUCAUUAGAAAUUAAAGUUUUUAAUAAGUUCACAAAACAAUAAAUCAAUCAAUAUCUAGGUUGUGAUAUUAUACAAUUGAAGUUGAAUAGACUAGCUGUGAUAGGGCGUUUCAAAUGAAAUGAGGCUCAGGGCCGAUGCCACGGCGAUAUCUCGACCCAAGUGAUUUCAGAACGAACCUAGUUUCAAAAUUACUACCUGUUUUAGUAUUUACAUAAACGAGACAAUAAGUUUACAGUGAUUUUAUUGCAUUUGAUUGUAUUUUUAUAACCUUUUUUGUAUUUUAAAAUAAAGUUGCUAUUCUUGAUA